UAUGUAUGUAUAAAUAUAAAUAUAAAAGUGAAAUGAGGUGAAGCUAUGAACUAUUCAAUAAAUAUUGCUUACUGAAGAAUAUUUAUAAAUCUGUGGAAAACUCGCUUUUUAACACAGUAAAUAAGAUAUUACAGCUUACUGACGACUGGAUUUUUAUUAACUAUCAUAUCCUAAGCCAUGGACUCGGCAACGUUACCAUCUAAAGCCAUAUUGCGCCAGAAGAUAAAGCAGACAGAGAGUGAUUUCAUAACUUACUGUUGUAUAAUUAUGAACAACAAGCUAUUGAUUGCUGAUUUUAAUUCUAAUGGUUUAAUUGUGCAAAAUAUGGACGGAACUCGUGAAAAUCGUUUCAAUUUGUCAAGUAAACCAUUCAAUUUAACAGUCAUCGAUAAAGAACACGUUGGAAUCACUUAUUCUGACAAUAACGUCAGUACAGACCGUAUUGCCAUUUUAAACACGAUUACAAAAGAAGAAGAAAAGUUUGGGAAAUGCACCUUAACGCCUGAAGGAAUAGCAUGUUACAACGAUGACGUCUAUGUCCUUUCUAUGGACAACCGUCUAGAAGUUAUGAGAAAGGAAGGAAAUAUAGUGCGCACUAUCUCGCUUCCGAAUAUCAAACGUGUUUCGACCCUCAUAAUUGAGGAUGGUAAAUUAUUUAUAGGUGAACCUAUGUUUCACGCGCGUGGGUCUGUAACUCCUAGCAUUAACUGUUUAGACUUAGACGGGAAACUUAUUUGGGAAUUUAAUGAUGACGAAGGCGAAAUAUCUAACCCGUUUUCUAUGGCAUUAGAUGGGAAAGGAAACGUUUAUGUUUGCGACGUGUAUGCGCAUAUUGUUGUCGUUAUUUCAUCCGAUGGAAAACAUUACAGGAAACUUUUGUCGGAAGUUGACGGAAUGCAAUCGCCAAUAGGGGUGAUGUGGGACAAACAAACUGAUUGCUUAUUAGUUUGUAAUGAAAAUGGUGAAAUAUUUUUUUAUGACAUUGAGUAACAUUUUAUAAGUUUUACAAUUAUUUUGACAUGGAGUUUUAACUUGAUUUUCAACCUGUGUAUUGA